UUGAUGUAACAUCUUUGUAUGAGAUAUUGACCAGUUCUAAGGAAAAUUGGGGUUUUUGUCACUUGUGUACUGGUCAAGAAGCAAUUCCAGUGGGUAUGGAGCAUGCCAUUACACGUGAUGAUGUGAUCAUAACUGCUUACCGUUGUCAUGGUUAUACUCUGAUGCGCGGCACAACAGUUCAUCAAGUUCUUGCUGAACUUAUGGGUCGUUCUACUGGCAUUACCUAUGGAAAAGGCGGAUUCAUGCACAUGUUUGCAAAAAGUUUUUAUGGCGGUAAUGGUAUUGUUCUAGUUGGAGCUGGUACUCAAAAAUAUUUAGGUGUAAAAAAUGCUACAUUCAUUAUAUAUGGCGAUGGUGCGGCCAAUCAAGGUCAAGUGUUUGAAGCUUUUAAUAUGGCAAAAUUAUGGGAUUUGCCUGCCAUAUUUGUUUGUGAGAAUAAUUUAUAUGUAUGGGAACUGCUGCCGCAAGGAGUUCUGCAAAUGCGCAAUAUUAUACUCAGAGUCAAUAAAUGGUAUGGAUGUAUUAGCAGUAAAGCAAGCAUGCGCGUGGGCAAAAGAUUGGAAUUUGUAACGUAUCGAUAUGGAGAUCAUUCUAUGUCAGAUCCUGAUCCUGGUACAACUUAUCGUACACGUGAAGAAAUUCAACACAUGAGAAGUACGAAUGAUCCUAUUACUGGUUUGAGAUUAAAAAUUUUGGAAUGCGGAGGAAACCGAUCUAAAGACGCUCGUGCAAUCGUAGACGAGGCAGUAGAAAAAGCAAAGAAUGAUCCACUUCCAAAGGAUUCUGAGCUCUGGACUGAUAUAUAC